AACCUGGCGGUGAUGAAGAAAAGAAGAGAGAAAAAAGAAAACAGUUCAAUGAACCGCAACCUGCGCUUUUGCAUUGAGAAAUCGUUGUUUUUCUUAUCCAAUUCUGUUCCACGUCUUCAUUUUCCACUUUGAUUUGUGGAACAGUUGAUCGGAGAGCUUUUUCAUUCACAAGGCGAAGCUCGAUCACCAUCCAUGGCUUUAGACAUCCAAACCUUGGAAGACAGCUAUACUGAUUCUUGCAGGAGACAUGGCGUUUUGCCUAACACUGCUAUUUUGUCAAGCCUUCUCAAGGCUGAGCGGAAAAAGUCCUGCCGUGAACUCUGCAGCCUGGAGAUUUUAAUUGAUGACCUUAGGGAUAUUGAUUUUGCUCCACUUCUUGAUAUAUGUACGGACCUUGAUAAUUCCGAAAUCGAAGCUGUUGAUGUACGUACUGAAUCAGCAUGUGUAUUAAAUGGAGCAUAUGCAUUAUCAUUGAUGCGUGCUAUUAAACAAAAGCUUCGAGUAGUCAAUCUACAAGAUCUGUCUGUUGGAAGGGACUUCUUACGGGAUAUCUCACAAAGAGGUUUGGCAUGCCAAGUUUUGACAUUGAAAUUUUCACAUUUCCGUAAGCUGAACUUGGUGGGGGAGUUCAUGCACUUGCACACCCUUAAUCUUGAUUUCAGUUCUUCGCUUACCAGUUUCCGAGAGGAAUGCUUUAAUUGCAUGCCCCGUCUAAUGUGCCUCUCGAUGUGUGAGACACGGAUUACAAAUCUAUGGACAACUGUUGCAGCUCUCUCUAAGCUUCCUUCUUUGAUUGAACUAAGGUUUCAGUAUUGGCAGUGUUGCAAUGAUGCUGGAAUAUCUCUUCUCUCAACCAGUGGGAAGUCAGAUGACACUGCAGAUUGUAGCCUUCUAAAUAAAGCUCCAUUUGUUGGUGAAUUAUGCACUGAAACAAGGGAACUGACAGAACCUAACCUAAGUGCUGAAGAUCCAUUGAUAAGUUUUUAUUCCUUUGAUGAAAAUAUUCAAAGCAUGGUUGAAGAUUCAUCAGAUGAUAGUGAAGAUGACUUUACUAACCACAAUCAUAGAUCCUGGCAGUCAGAUAGCUUUUCGGGGUGGAAUUUACAACUACCUUUUCAGAAUGAGUUCAUGUUACAAAAUGAAGAUGGAGCAGAGUCAUCACAAGGUUCCUUUUCAUGGAAUAUUGCCGAUGUUUCUAUGAAGUAUAUGUCUUGUCAUACAUCACCAAUAUGCUAUGAGAAACAUUAUAGAGAAUUCAUGAUAGCUUCACUACCAAAUUUGAAAAUUUUAGAUAAUCUGCCUAUCAGAAAAAUUGACAGGGAAAGGGCUAGUGAAAUAGUUCCUCAACACUUUGAAUACCUUCCAUAUAAACGGAAGCACAAACAGAGUGUUGUAAGUAUCUUACAAACACGGGAAAUAAAAUCUAGCCACAAUAAAGUGCAUACUUCUAAGUCUCUGCCAUCAUAUCCUUCUGGAAAUUCUCAAUAUUUUUAUACUAGAUCACUUUCUGCGGCUAAAAUGGGGUCUUCAACUUGGCCUUCCUUGCAUCCCCUUUCUCUGUCAGAAUGUAAUUUGGACAGGAGCUUACGUCCAAGGCAGUUUGAGUACCAUCCAUCUGACUCCAGCUUGAUGGUCUUUGGAACUCUAGAUGGUGAAGUAGUUGUCAUCAACCAUGAGAAUCAACAUGUUGUGAGUUAUAUCCCAUCACUUGGAGCAAUGAAUAGUGUCUUGGGUCUUUGUUGGCUCAAGAAAUACCCUUCUAAGCUUAUAGCAGGUUCCGACAAUGGUUCUUUGAAAUUGUAUAACAUCCACCAGACACCUAAAACAACAACUAGCGUAUAUGGAAAUUCUAGUGGUGUUACAUUUGAUGAAUUUGACCAGUUGACAUCUGUUCAUGUUAAUGCCUCGGAUGAACUAUUCCUUGCAAGUGGUUACUCAAGGAAUGUUGCUCUGUAUGACAUCAACAUUGGAAAGCGCUUACAAGUUUUCACUGAUAUGCAUCAUGGGCAUAUUAAUGUUGUCAAAUUUGCAAAUCAUUCCCCGUCAAUUUUCGCUACUUCCUCGUUUGAUCAUGAUGUCAAGAUGUGGGACUUGAGACAGAAACCAAUACAUCCUUGCUUCACUGCUUCAAGCUCUAGAGGAAAUGUGAUGGUUUGCUUUUCUCCAGAUGACCAAUAUAUUCUUGCAUCAGCAGUUGAUAAUGAGGUUAGACAACUUUUGGCUGUUGAUGGUAGGCUUCACUUGGUUUUUGAUAUUGCUUCCACUGGAAGUUCCCAGAACUACACCCGUUCAUAUUACAUGAAUGGGAGGGACUACAUUAUAAGUGGGAGUUGUGAUGAACAUGCUGUUCGUAUUUGCUGUGCUCAAACAGGGAGACGCUUGAGAGAUAUAUCACUUGAGGGAAGAAGCUUAGGAAGUUCCAUGUUUGUUCAAUCUUUGAGGGGUGAUCCUUUCAGGGACUUCAAUAUGAGUGUGUUAGCGGCCUACAUGCGCCCAGGCUCCAAGUCUGAGAUUGUCAAGAUUAACCUUCUAGCAUCUGUUGACCAUACCAAGGAUGAUUUUGAUGAGCAACGCCCUUUUGCAUUCCAAAGUAUGGGAGCUUGAUAUUGGUUACAAGGCAGUAAGUUUUGCGUUCUCGCAAUGUAACUAUCCAGCUAGUGUAAAUUCAAACUUCCUCCUCCUCCUCCUUGUAAAUCUUGUAUUGACUAUAGUUGCUUGCAGAUAUGACGCGAGGGUUUAAGUUCUUAUGCCAUUGUUAGAUGUCCUUAGAACCUAGGAUAUGUUGGGAAUAAUUUAAUUUCAUUAAGUUCCAAAGUGGUCCUUCAGAUUGGUCCCAUGCAUUAAAAUAGUCAUCGAAAUCCCAAUUACACCAAUUUGGUCCCUAAUAUUGGCAAAAGUAUAACAUGUUAACCCCUCAAGUUUUUCCGAAGUGACUCCUCAUGAGACUAUGGACUAACGCAGUGCAUUUUUGCCUAUAUCAAAAAUGAAAUUGGUGCAACUGAGAUCUCGUAGUCUAGUUUAAUCCACACGGCUAAUCUCAAGAACUAUUUUGGAGUUUAAGUCAUAGUUUUAUAUAUGAAGCUCGUCUACAACAUACAAAAUUUAAUUGAUUAAAUUUUAUCCUUUACUUUGACCUACUAAUUAAAUACAUACAUCACAAAGAAAAAAAAUUGAGUGAAAUUGAGUAACUGAUAAAUGGAUUGGUUGGAAUUUUAAGUAUGGGCAAUUUAGUGUCAUGUUAUUUAAGUUUAAAUUAUGUACAUAAUGCCAAGGGGAGUCUUAGAGUAAGGGUUGAAUAUUCUCUGUGUGAUUUUAAAGUUAUGGGUUUAAACUGUGGAAACAGUUACUGAUUAUAUCAGGUUCAAUUACAUAUAUUACACUCUUUGGGGUGCAACUCUUUCUUAGAUUCUAUAUUAACAUAAUAUUUGUAUGCCAGAUUUUUUUUUUAAAAAAAAUAAAGGACAUAAUGCAUAAUUGGGAAGAGAUAUAGACAUCCUAUUGUCUUAACAUUUUGAAUUAGGAGGUGAUAUUUGGUGUAAUUUGUGAUUUUUAGCUUGAAUGCUGUAUAACUGUUAGCUAUUUUAUUUGUUGUUAAUUUUUCUGCUGCUUUGCCAUACAUUGAAAUCCCAUGUUUACGUGGGAAGUACAACUGUUGCCAGAGAGUGGAGAUUCCAAACUAAAUCCCCAAAUAGUUCCUUAGAUUCACAGCUUUUUUUAUUUUGGGCUUUUAAAUUCAAAAUUUAGUAUAUUGGUCUUCAAAAUUCACUUUUGGGUACCAUAUUAGUCUUUAGAACUUUUCUAGCAUUGAGUCAGCGAAUGAAGUAUUGAGUUGGCUUUAACUCGCCACGUUGAACAUGGUUACACGGUGUUGUUUUGUUUUGGCGGUUAAACAAGACAAAAAUAAAAAGAUAAAGAAGAAUUUAUAUGAUGUGCCAAUCGAUUUUAUCUCCUCUCAUUCUUCAAAAUGACCUUGUUUUUGUCUUGUUUAAACACUAAAACAAAACGAUAUUAUUUAGUCAUGUGUCUAAUGUGGCAAGUUAGAACUAGCUUAACAUUCCGUUCGUCGACUCAAUGUUGAAAAGGAUCCCAGGACCAAUAUGGUGUUUAGAGCUAGAUCUCGAGAAUCAGUAUAAUAAAUUUUAAAUUUAAAAAAUUAAAAUAAUAAAAACUGCAAAUCUCAAAGACUACUGUGGAGUUAGCCGAAAAUUCCAACUUGUAGACGCAACUAUUGUUCAACCGGAGGUCUAUAUUUGUGGGAAAUACACUACGGUUUCUAAGCUUCUUCAAUGGCCCUGCAUUCUCUAUUACUGUAAUAAAUAAUAAUAAUAAUAAAGUUUCAUGUGUGAGCUGUAUGGCUCUAAUACACAAGUGUUAAAUGAAUUUGUGCUGUAGGGACAACAAGUGGUCACUUUUAUUUAUUGUUGUUAAUGCAAAACAGGAAGUGCUAAAGCCUAAAAUAUGUGCAAUUCUUGCUUUUGUUCAAAGGUGUUUCAAAGUUGUGAGAGAUCAUACUACUUUAUUGCUUAGUCAGGGAAACCCAUGUGCGCUUGUGAUGGUUUCUAGAUUUUUCGUUAUGUUAUCUUGAGAUGACUGGUGUUUGUAUUGUGAAGGUAUAUCUAGAUAUAGGAUAUCAUUAUUUUGCUUUAAACAAUUGAAGGAAAAAAUAUUACAAGAUGAAAGAUCCUGAAAAAGUUGGUAAGUAAUUGAGUGAGAAUGAAGCGGAAGAGGACAAAAGGGAAAGGAAGGGAGCAGAAGGGUUCGUAGGUGCAGAAAACGCGUGGGCAGUUCAUUAACCAUCGCAGGCUGUCUCCUCUUGCUUAAUACAAUCCACCGCCUCAUUGUAAUAUUUAUUGUAUCAUCCAUGAAGCGCCAACUACUCCUGCUUUCUCCAGAAUCUUUAUAUUUCAUUGCUAUAGAUAAAUAAUUAAAUAUAUAUGAAUAUGAAUGUAUUGUCUAAUUUAUUUCGAA